CAUUGAUCUCCACCAGGAAGGGGCAGGGGCAGGGGUAGGCGGUGAAUGAUAGGAACUGAGUGGCAGAAAGAGGGCCCUUAAUCGCGACCCACUAAAACUUUUCUUCUGCAACAAAAAAGUUUCGCCUCGGGAUUUUUCUUCCAAAAUUCAAUUCAAUCAACUACCAAGGUUGUCCUUCUUUCCAUUGGAUUGGACACGCCUCUCUAGGUUAUAAUUAAUUAUUAUCAAUUCUUUAGGUUAUGCCCAGUAGCCUACACACAUCUUCCCACGCUCCUCCUUCUUGGUUGUUUAGCAACAAUUUUACUGCUACUUCGGCGCCUGUAACAUCUGACCAUACGAGAGACGCGAACGCCACAAUGGCAAAGAGCGAUAAGAAACCUCCAAAGGCAUCCAAGGCGACUAAGGCGACCAAGGCGACAAAGUCGACCAAGCCAGCCAAGCCAGCCAAGCCUGUCGUAACUACAGCCUCUUCCGCUUCCACUUCCGCGACACAGGACCAGACCUCUACCCCGCCGACUCAACUCAUGGACCUAGUUGAAACUUUCCUGUCCGAUCAAGGAUUCGAUCAUGCUCACCGCGAAUUCCAGAAGCACAGGGCUAAGAAAGGCUGGAAAGAAGAAGGUGCCGGAAAAUCCAAGGCCAAGUCCCAUCACUCCCUAGUCAGCGUAUUCCAGACCUGGGAGACAUUCUCCAGUCAAAACAAUACGCCCAUCAUUCCUAAAGAAGAUCCCAUGGAGAAGAUCACCAAAGUAAGCAGCAGCAGUAGCAGCAGCGACAGCAGCGACAGCAGCGACAGUGAUGACGAAUCGAGCUCCGAGAGCGAUAGCGAAGCAUCCGCAGACAUUGCCAUGGCCGACGCGCCUAGUGCCCAGGACUCCAGUUCGGAAUCAUCUUCGAGUUCAAGCUCUGACGAAAGCGAAAGUGACAGCGAGAGCGAGAGCGAAAGUGAUGAAGAGAAGAUUAAACCCGCUAAGUCGGUACCUGGAGCCGCCAAAUCUGCCACAAACCCCUUGAAGCGGAAGGCUGAAUCUGAUAGUGAAAGCUCUUCCGAUUCCGAUUCCGACGAUGACAUGUCAGAUUCGAGCUCAGAAGACGAAAGACCCCAGUCUAAAAAGGCCAAGACAAAGGAAAGCUCUGAUGAUAGCUCAUCCUCUGAUUCGUCUGACUCGUCUUCAGAUGAGAGUUCCGAAGACGAAGCUAAGCCCAUUAGCAAGUCGAAGAUCGGCAAGGAGGACUCGUCUUCUAGCUCCGACUCCAGUUCCGACUCUGAAGAUUCGGAUUCCGAAUCCGAUGCGGAACCAACGGUAGACUUGAAAGUUGCUGCUGAAGUACCACUACCUGAAUCUAGCUCUUCGUCUAGCGAGUCAAGCUCAGACUCAGACUCGGACUCAGAUUCAGAUGUGAAGAAGCCAAAGCAAGUUACCAAGGGCAAGACCUUGAAUGGAACGGAAUCGGAUACCUCUGCGACUUUGGACAAAACUUCUCCUGAGUUCAUGCCUGCUGCCCCUCUUCCACCCGACCCGAGCACACUUAAAACAAACAACCGGGGCAAGAACGGCGCGAAGGCGCAGAAUCAACCUUUCUCGCGAAUUCGCAAGGAUGUAGUCGUCGACCCGAGACUGUCUACUAAUGCUUAUGUCGCGCAUGGCUACGGCGAGAAAGCCCACCAAGAUCUCAUUGUCACCAAGGGCAAGGGCUUCACCAAGGAAAAGAAUAAGAAGAAGCGGGGCAGCUACAAGGGCGGCCCGUUAGACAUCAGCCAGAGCCGAAGCAUCAAGUUCGAGGACUAAAAGCGGCCAAUUCAUGUCAAGAACUCCAUGCCCAAGUUUUCGGAGUUUGCCAGAUGUCUUUGGAAUCCUUAACGCACCUCAGCUGACAGUCAUCGAUAAGACAGCCCUAUAGAAGGCUGACUGAGGCUUGGAGAAAGGGGGCGAGGCUCAAUCUCCCUCAGUUAAUUCGCCCAAAUUCCAUGCUUUCGGAGUUAAGCCUGUUGUGCUUUAACUUUCUUCUUGAAGAUCAGAGGUUGAUAAUUACUAGACACUGGGUGUGGGGCGUUUUUCUAUU